GAUGCGUGUCGUCCCCGCUGUUGCUGCUCAGUCUCCAGUGUGGAUUUACAUACCCUGAUUUCCGUGGGACUGGGAAACGAAAGAGGACGGUGGCGAUUCUUUCAGGAACUGAGGAAUCGACCACAAACAACUCUGGAGGAAGGCUGGGAGGUUCUCGGAGAAGUCUGGAAGCAGCUUGAGUUGAACCCGGUUUGAAGGGCUGUGGCCAUGGCCGGGGGUGGUGGUGGUGGUGGUGGUGGUGGUGUUUGUCCGUUGGGGCCCGCACCGCCGAUGUGGUAUCACCGGGACCUGAGUCGAGCGGCGGCCGAGGAGCUGCUAGCCCGGGCCGGGAGAGACGGCAGCUUCCUGGUGCGGGACAGUGAGAGUGUCAACGGGGCUUACGCUUUGUGUGUACUGUUUCAGAAGCAUGUCCACACAUACAGAAUCCUCCCAGAUGAGGACGGAUUUCUGGCUGUACAGACAUCUCAGGGCGUGCAGCCUAAGCGGUUUAAGACAUUACCAGAGUUGGUGCUGUUGUACCUGCAGCCCAGCCAGGGUCUGGUCACCACCCUGCUCUAUGCUGUGGACAGAGAGGAAAUGGCUGUCAGCGAUGACAGGGACUAUUCAGAUGGGGAGGAUGAGAAGCCACCCCUGCCCCCUCGCUCAGCCUCCACCUCCACUCCCCCUGGCGCAGACACACCCACAGACAGUGCUCCAGCAGCUAAUGGCCUAAGCACAAUCUCCCAUGAGUACCUGAAGGGCAGCUAUGCUCUGGACUUAGAGGCAGUCAAACAAGGAGCCUGUGCCCUGCCUCACCUCAACAAGACACUAGUGGCCUCUUGCAAACGCCUUAAUGGAGAGGUAGAUAAGGUUCUGUCUGGGCUGGAGAUCCUGUCUAAAGUCUUUGAUCAGCAGAGUGCUUUCAUGGUCUCCAAGAUGAUCCAACAGUCGGUGAAUCAUGGUGGAGACCAAGAGCUGGAGAACCUUGUGACCAAGCUGGCAAUUCUCAAAGACCUGCUGUCCUCCAUAGAGAAGAAGGCUCUGAAAGCUCUCCAGGACAUGAGUUUGUCCUCGCCAUGCUCCCUUCCUCCUCUCUCCAUGCGUCACAGCAAAGCCAUCCCUGUGCAGGCCUUCGAGGUAAAGCUGGAUGUUUACCUGGCAGAGCUGACAAAGAUAGGAAAGAGCCAGAAGUACACUCUGUCGGUGGACGUGGAGGGAGGACGACUGGUAGUGAUGAAGAAGGUGAAGGACAGCCAAGAGGACUGGACCACCUUCACACAUGACAAAAUCCGUCAGCUGAUCAAGUCUCAGCGGGUGCAGAAUAAACUGGGCAUUGUUUUUGAGAAGGAGAAGGACAAGAGCCAGAGGAAAGACUUCAUCUUUGCUAGUGCCAAGAAGCGGGAGGCAUUUUGCCAGCUGCUGCAGCUGAUGAAGAACAAACAUUCCAACCAAGAUGAGCCAGACAUGAUUUCUAUCUUCAUAGGCAGCUGGAAUAUGGGCUCGGUGCCUGCGCCAAAGUCUCAGGCCUCAUGGGUGUUGUGUCGUGGCCUCGGGAAAACUCUAGACGAGAUGACGGUCACCAUCCCUCAUGAUCUUUAUGUGUUUGGAAGCCAAGAAAACUCUGUGUGUGAUCGCGAGUGGGUGGAGUCACUACGUGCCAUGUUGAAAGAACAGACAGAACUGGAUUAUAAACCGAUCGCAGUGCAAACUCUGUGGAACAUAAAAAUUGCUGUGUUAGUGAAACCGGAACACGAGAACCGGAUCAGCCACGUGGGAAUGUCCAGUGUCAAGACAGGCAUCGCCAACACACUGGGCAACAAAGGAGCUGUGGGUGUGUCCUUUAUGUUCAACGGGACAUCUUUCGGCUUUGUGAACUGUCACUUGACAUCAGGGAAUGAGAAGAUUGCCAGGAGGAACCAAAACUACCUAGAUAUUCUCCGCCUGCUGUCACUAGGAGACAAACAGCUGAGCUCUUUCGACAUCUCACUGCGCUUCACACACCUCUUCUGGCUGGGCGACCUCAACUACAGGCUGGACAUGGACAUUCAGGAGAUUUUGAACUACAUUAACAGGAAGGAGUUUGAUCCCCUGCUGAAGGUGGACCAGCUCAACCUGGAGAGGGAGAAGAACAAAGUAUUUCUGCGCUUUGCGGAGGAAGAGAUCUCAUUCCCUCCCACCUACCGUUAUGAACGUGGCUCAAGGGACACAUAUGUCUGGCAGAAGCAGAAGGCCACAGGGAUGAGGACUAAUGUUCCGUCCUGGUGUGACAGGAUCCUGUGGAAGUCAUACCCAGAAACACACAUUGUCUGCAACUCCUAUGGCUGUACAGAUGAUAUCGUGACCAGUGAUCAUUCCCCUGUGUUUGGUACCUUCGAGGUGGGGGUGACCUCCCAGUUUGUCUCCAAGAAAGGUCUGCCAAAGUCUUCAGAGCAGGCCUACAUUGAGUUCGAGAGCAUUGAAGCCAUAGUGAAGACAGCGAGCAGAACCAAGUUCUUCAUCGAAUUCUACUCCACUUGUCUGGAAGAGUUUAAGAAGAGUUAUGAGAACGACAGUCAGAGCAGUGACAACGUCAACUUCCUGCGCGUGGGCUGGUCCAACAAGCAGCUAACGACGCUCAAACCUCUUCUCUCAGAGAUCGAGUACCUGCAGGACCAACAUCUGCUGCUGACGGUGAAAUCACUGGAUGGAUACGAGUCCUACGGAGAGUGUGUGUUGGCUCUGAAGUCUAUGAUUGGCAGCACAGCACAGCAGUUCCACACCUACCUCUCCCACCGUGGCGAGGAAACAGGAAAUAUCAGGGGGUCCAUGAGGGUCAGAGUCCCCUCCGAAAGGAUGGGAACCAGGGAGAGACUCUACGAGUGGAUCAGUGUGGACAAGGAUGAGACGGGUGGACCUAAAGGGAAAUCCACUUUGGUAUCCAGGGUGGGACAUGAAUACGUCAAGCCAUCUAUGGUUCGUAAACCGCUUGGAGAGCUGGGAAAAGUCAGUGAGGAGGGAGAAAGGAGCAGCAAAGAGGAAACUGCUGCAAGGCCUAAACAAGAUGCACCAGACGGUGAUCCAUCCAUCUGCAAGAACAGCUAUAAUAAUCCCGCCUACUACAUCCUGGAGGGCGUUCCCAACCAGUCGGCAGCUGCUCUUUCGCCUGAGCUACUCCCAUCUCCUACCUCGGCAAACCCCCAGGUAGCUAAAGCCCCUCCUCCCUCAGCUGGGGCUCGAACCAAACCCCCCUUUGUGGCCUCGGGGCCCUCUCACCCACGCAGAGCCAUGACGGGGCACCCGGUCCGCGCUAUUAGCGAGGAGGGCUCCUCCGAGGACGACGGAGGCGCCUGUGGAACAGGAGCGCAGGGCGUUGGUGUCGCAACAACAGUCGGAAGCACACUGAAUCGACCCCCUCCUGACUUCCCCCCACCUCCUCUCCCCAAGGGAGCCCUGGAGAUGGUUGCAGAGGCCCCGUUCUCCAAACCUCGCCCUCUUUACCCAGACCUAGCCGAGGUCAGGAUCCCAGCAGCCAGUCCUGCUGCCCCGCUGGCCCUCGGAGAGGGUUUUAGACGAGGAGGAGGAGGAGGAGGAGGAGGAGGAGGGGCGUUGGACGACCAGUCGUGUUCUGUGCUCCAGAUGGCAAAGACACUGAGUGAGAGCGAGUUUCCUGGGCAGCCUCCACGUGCUCCGUCUGCGCCGCCACCUCUUAGAGGGCAGCCGAUGGGUUUAGGUCUGGACUCCUGCCGCACCUUCCCACCCAGAAAUGCCAUCACAGAGAGUAUCGCAGAGGACAUGCCUGAGGAGGCACUUUGGGGCAGCAGUAGCUCGUCUUUGUCUGUUGGGGAAUCCUCAGUGGGGGAGUGGUUGCAGAGACUGGGACUGGAGAGGUAUGAGGAGGGUCUUCUACACAACGGCUGGGACGACCUGGAGUUCCUCAGUGACAUCACUGAGGAGGACCUGGAGGAGGCGGGGGUGCUCGACCCCAACCACAAGCGAAUCCUGCUGGAGAGCCUCAAGCAGCAGCAGCAGCAGCAGAAAUAAACUGUUUCAAACUGGUCUAUGACUGGUCCAAACUGGCCUGAUACCAGAACCGGGUCCCAAGAGGCCAGAUUUCAGCUGAACUGAACUGAGCUGAGAUGGAAUGUGCCAAUUAAUGCCAGACUGUGCCUUCUGAGAGAAAUUGCACUCCGUUUGUACUUUAAAAAAACACUUGUACAACCACCAUGGUUUUUCACACGUAAUGUAUGUGCGUUGUCGUAGAGGUGGCCUUAUUUAAUGAGAAUCCUGUCAGUCCUUUAAGCGUCACUACAUAACCCUCAGCUUGAAACCUAGUGAGAAGAUGCAGGGUGAGAUAAUAUUAUUCUGGACAGAUAGAAUUGAAGAUAUAGAGCAGCUGAUGCCUAGGGGAACCAGAGCCUUGAAAACACACUGUCUGUGUUUUGCAGUUCGCACUCUUUUAAUGUGUUCCUCUCUGAGUCUCUGUUUUCCCCCCACCAUUGGUCACAGUUGGGGAAACUAUGCGGGAAUUUUUCAAAAGCACUCAAGGGUAAUGUCAGUCCACAGCUCGGGCAGAGGAACGUCCUCGCUUCUGUGACGGAGGCAGACAGGAAGUGGUGACAGGAGAGGAGGUAGCCCUGACUCAUGUCCGACUGAAGCCAGCUCGCAUUUUCUCAAAUUUGUACUUUUGUGAUGAUGUUUGGGCCGCUGUUGUUUAAAUGGUGGCAUUUAUUGUCUCCGUGUCUCUGCAUGUGUUUAUGUUUUUAUGUUUCAUUUUUUAUGAUAAAGGGAAUAUGGAGCAAACCAACCAAACUGGUCCUGUUGGAGCUAAGAGUGCAUAUUUCAUAACAUAGCAUAACAUUAAAAGGACUGUAUUAGCCAUCAGCACCCCCUGGUGUGUGAUCUGUUCACACUCAACCCUGACAUUUCAGCUUUUUUUUUGUAGAUUGUUAUAAGAAGUUGAGACAUUUUUUUUCUCCAAAAAUCUGUAAGUAUCCUUAAACAUUGACAAAUUACCCAUGCAGCAUACAGAUUAUGUAUUUGGUUAAUUGGCCUAAAAAAAUCAAGUAGAUAAGUUAUACAAUCACAAGUAUACAUGAGGUAGGAAAGGAAAUAUUACUCUGAAGGUUUUACCCAGCACAUUUCUCAUGUUCCCAGUUUUAUUGUCUCCGAGGACAUUUAAUUUCAAUUUACAGAAAACAGAAUUUAGUAUCAUAUAUGACCCAGAUUUGAUGGGCUUUAUGUCACAUCUUUCACUCAUUUCAUUUUAAAUUGUGUAAAUGGAGUGUUCAGGGAAUUUGUUAACAUGGCUAAAUAGAUUUACUUUUACACAAGAUUUACUAAGCCAUCAUAUUGUCAUUUGUAAAUUUGGUCAACAAACCAUUUUCCGUGUAAUACAGUCUAGAGAUUUUGAUUCUUUUUUUUUUUUUUAGACAUAUUUUGUACAGGUGGGAAAAGAUGUCACCUCUAAUGAUACACAAAAAAACACAAGAGUCAUGUUUCUGCAGGACACAGAUGGUUUGGGGGCUGUUGUUGAUCCCUGAUGUAACCAGCAGGUGGUGCUGCUACUUCAAAAACCUCAUCAGUAGAUGCUGACUGUGGAAACUUUGGGGAAAAUAAGACACAACCAAGUCAUGUUCAGUGAAAGGAUUUGGUUUGUUUAUAUAUUGUUCUUGAAUAGUUAAAUAUCAGAGAGUCAACUUACCUGCUAGUGUUGAAAAUGCCUUUAUAUGUUCUUAAUUUAAUUCCUGCCUUCUCUUCUGCCCGUGAGACUAAGCCAAACCGAUAAACCAGUUUAUAAUUGUUUUAGGAGAGGCUGACGUGGCCACAAAAGUAGAACUCUAUACUCACAAUGAAUGUGUUUUUGCAUAAUUGGGACUAAAUAGGCAAUGGUAGCAGUUUCAUUCAUGUCUGUUUGAUCUGCUAAUUUUGCUUGUGACCCAAAACACAUCCUUGAAUUCGGUUUCUCGCAUACAACCUUUGACUUAGCAACUUGCCUGUAUUAUGUGUCGUACACUUUGUCUAAUUUUCUAACAGCCAAACAACCGUAAUGCAGAGAAUGUGGAUCUGGCGUAUAGAUGUGUUAAAUCUGAGGUCUUUGUAAGCCUUAUUGGCCUUGUGUGUGUGUGUGUGUGUGUGUGUGUGUGUGUGUGUGUGUGUGUGUGUGUGUGUGUGUGUGUGUGUGUGUGAGAAAGAGCCGUGCUAUUGUUGUUUUCUCUGACACACUCAAUUUUAUCUUGUUCCUUUAUGUAGUCACCUCUUUUGGUUAUGUUAAGUUAAUGUAAGUUGUUUGCCCAUGUCAUUUGUUUUUUCAAUUAAAAUCUAAUAUCUUAUUUACUCA